GGACGGAAUACAAACAAAAAAAAAAAAAAAAAAAAAAAAAAGGCCCUUUGUAAUGGGUCUGUAUGAAUUCAUCAAUCUUCUGCAGAAAUCAUCAAGAAAAUUCAUCUACCCCUUCAUACGCUUCCCAAAUCCUACAUUUUCGUCGUUCCGUGCAACUGUUCAUAUAAAAUCGCUUACUAGCUCACUCCAAGAUGUCAAUUUCACAAGCAAGAAAAUCGCAGAAGAUACUGAAAAAGUUUGCAAACUACUAUCCAACAACAAGUCCAACUCUCGCAUCGAGAGCUUACUCAGCAAUGAAGCAGCUGUUGAAGUUUCACCGACAUUGGUUGUGGAGGUUUUGAAGAGGAUAAGCAAUGCGGGUGUUCUUGCUCUUUCCUUCUUUAGGUGGGCUGAGAAGCAAAAAGGGUUCAAAUAUACCACGGAGAGCUACAUCCAUUUGAUUGAAUCUCUGGGUAAGAUCAAGCAGUUCAGUAUGAUAUGGCAAUUGGUCAAUGACAUGAAGCGUAAAGGGUUGUUGACUAAAGAGACUUUCACGUUGAUUUCGCGGAGAUAUGCGAGAGCAAGGAAGGUUCAGGAAGCGAUUGAGACUUUUGAGAAGAUGGAGAAGUUCGGAAUGAAGCCGGAAGUGUCGGAUUUUAACAGACUGAUUGAUACUCUGUGCAAGUCGAGACAGGUUGAAAAAGCACAGCAACUGUUCGAUGAAAUGAAAAACAGGAGGUUUAAACCUGAUAUUAAGUCGUACACGAUUUUGUUAGAAGGUUGGGGUCAAACACAGAGUUUAUUAAGGCUGAAUGAGGUUUAUCGGGAGAUGAGGGAUGAGGGGUUUGAGCCUGAUGUUGUGGCUUAUGGUAUAUUGAUAAACGCACAUUGUAAGGCUAAGAAAUAUGAUGAAGCGAUUAAAUGGUUUCAUGAAAUGGAAGCUAAGAAUUGCAAGCCCAGUCCUCAUAUUUUCUGUAUUUUGAUUAACGGGUUAGGCUCUGACAAUAGAUUGAUUGAAGCACUUGAAUUUUUUGAACAAUACAAGGCUAGUGGUUUUGAGCCUGAGACAGCCACUUAUAAUGCUGUGGUAGGUGCUUACUGCUGGUCAAUGCAAAUGCAGGAUGCAUAUAGGAUGCUUGACGAAAUGCGUGAAUUUGGGGUUGGUCCCAAUUCUCGAACUUAUGAUAUAAUUUUACAUCACUUGAUAAAGGGUGGAAGAACUGAAGAAGCUAAUGAUCUUUUCCAGAAAAUUACCAGCGAGUCUGGCUGUGAGCCAACUAUGAGCACCUAUGAGAUCAUGGUGAGGAUGUUUUGCAAUGAGGAUCGCGUGGAUAAUGCUAUUGGAGUCUGGAAUAAAAUGAGAAGCAAAGGAGUUCUUCCUGGAAUGCACAUGUUCUGUACAUUAAUAGACAGUUUGUGCUUUGAAAAUAGAUUAAAUGAAGCUUGUGAGUACUUUGAGGAUAUGUUGGACAUGGGUAUUCGACCUCCCGCCUCAAUGUUUAGCAGGCUGAAAAGAGCUCUUCUUGAUGAAGGAAGGAAAGAUUUUGUUCAGAUUUUGACCCAGAAGAUUGAUAGACUGAGGAAAACUCCAUUGGUUGCCUGAUGGCAGUUUUAGAUGUCCAAGUCUUGUAUCGUACAGAUGGAUGAUGAAUUGAUCAAAAACUCAUCUAGCCUGCCCUGCUUCCCAAAAUUUUCAAGGCUUUCCUGGUGAGGAAAUUACAUUAACCUACUUGUUAUUAUGAAACUAGGUGGAUUCCUCCAGUGGAAAAGGUAAUCAAAACUAUGCUGAUGGUUUCUUUUAUCGUAAAAUGGGAAAGGUUGCAGUGAGUGUAGUUGUAACUUGUAAGAGAUCAUGAAAGGAUACUUUCACUUUGUUUGUUUGUGGCAUCUCUAUGCAUUGCAGUAGGUGUAGCUGAAAGAUUGAAUAUGAGGUAUAUUAUGGUUGAGAUAGACUAAAACUUUUUCAUGGUGGGGCUCUGGAUGGUGGAAAGAUUGUGGAAGAUUUUAAGGAUAAUAUUGCCAAA